CAAAUGCACAUCUCGCCCGCACGUUGCAGCGUGUGUAAUAGUGGACGAGAGUUGUUUUCGUCAAAUGCUUACCAGCUUGUGUGUGUAAAGUGUUGCGCUGAACAUUUGUAGUUUCUUUAUUUUUUAAUCAGGAGUGGUGCAGUUGAAGUAAAGUUUCUCCUAACUGUGUAGCACUGUGAAUAUUUUACAUAUUUACAAACUGUACAUUACGCAAAUUCGUUAGCCGUGUUUAUUAUUAAACAAGACGCGAAAAGAUUUUUCCAAUCUGACAUCAUUGUUGAAGUUGUUUGCUACGAGGACGUGUGUUCUGAACAGCAUAAAGCAACUUUAACUUUCUGUCAGUCAUAUUAUACCCGAGGAAAAGCAGACUUUAUGUAGACUACAGACUGAAAACGAAGAAAGAAACCGGAAGUGAAAAGUGAAUAACGCAGAAUAAUAGUGCAGGAAUGAGGACAGACAGAGAGGGGAAGACAGAAAGUAGCUAAGUUUUCGUGGGAAAAAAACAACCGACUCUUCGUAACAGAAUAUGAUACGUAAAGGAAGUUUCCAGUAGAAGUGGCAGAAAUACUUUUGUUGCUAAGAACGACUGUUAAACAGAGAGGUCGAAAGCCAGCGACUAUACGAUCCUGGACACAGCACGUAGCUAAGUGAAACCAAAAUGAAGGCAUCACGUUACUAAAUUUAUCUGUGUGUUUGUUUAGUGCUAUAAUAAUGCCACCUAUAUAAUAUAGUGAUUGAUACAGCGUCGUAAAAUAACUUAAUUGAAUGAUGCAAUGAAACUGGAGUUGUUUUAUCUAAAGAUGCAACGUAUAAACGCAUUAUCGAACUCUGAUUUGCGACUUAUCGAACGUAGUACUUAUGAAACGUAACUUUAAUCCGAAGUGCGCGUCGUAAUCUUGCAUUUGUUUUGAUAAGAACACGAGUUAAAAUUGAUGUUUUUUUAAAAAAAUUAAGACAGUUGUUUAUAACAUGUUGCGAAGGGCAGAAGUUACAUCGAUAUUAAGACCAGAAAAUCUUCAAACGUAUGUGUAAGAUGCCUGGAAUAUCUGAAUGUUCUCGCAGACGUAAUAUUUUUUCAUAAAAGUAACAUGGAUUCAAAUGGCGCCGAUAAACAAAUUUGUUUGCAAUCUAGGCUUUAACUCAUUACGAAGAUCAAUGGAAGUUAUGACGGCUAACAAUGGGACUCGUCACGUCGUCAGUUAUUGGACAAGUGCCGAUUAUUCAGAUAUCGAUAAUUCGUCAGUAUCGACAGUAGAGGUACUUGAAAACAACGGGUCUAUUUUCAUUAUGAAUGGAACCAACAUCGCCUCACAUGCGGGACGAGUUGAACUAGACGCUGCGACGAACGGGACCGAGGAUGGGGCCGGACUGUCUGACGAGGAAGCCACGAUCGAGCUCAUCACCAUGGUAGCAACAGCCUUCGUCCUUGGACUUGUGAUACUGGCUACUGUUAUUGGGAACGUGUUCGUGAUCGCCGCCAUCCUACUUGAACGCAACCUGCAGAACGUGGCCAACUACCUCAUCCUGUCUCUGGCCGUGGCCGAUCUGCUGGUGGCCUGUCUCGUCAUGCCUCUCAGUGCCGUCUACGAGGUCAGCAAGCAGUGGACCCUGGGUCCUGAGCUGUGCGACAUGUGGACUUCCAGCGACGUGCUGUGCUGCACGGCCUCUAUCCUGCACCUGGUGGCGAUCGCCUUAGACAGGUAUUGGGCGGUGACAAACAUUGACUACAUUCACCAGCGGACUGCCCGCCGAAUCGGUCUGAUGAUCCUCGUGGUAUGGUCUGUUGCAUUCUUCGUCUGCAUAGCGCCUCUGCUGGGCUGGAAAGACCCGGAGUGGGGGACGAGGGUGUCGGAAGAUCGAAAGUGUCUUGUGAGUCAAGACGUCGGCUACCAGAUCUUCGCCACAGCUUCGUCGUUUUAUCUGCCUCUUCUCGUGAUUCUAUUCUUGUAUUGGCGCAUCUUCCAGACGGCAAGGAAGAGGAUCAGGAGGCGAGUCACGGCGACGGCGGGAUCAGCCGUGGGGGGCGCUGGCGGCGUGAGGAACCCUGCCUCCGGGGGCGUCAUUGCGGGGGCAGCAGGUACAACAGGAGGAAUAGCAGCGGCGUUGGUCACCGUGAUCGGACGACCUCUGCCCACAAUCUCUGAAACAACGACCGCCUUCACAAACGUGUCCUCGACAAACACCAGCCCUGAAAAAGGUUCUAUCGCAAACGGACUGGAGCCGGACGGUCCAACAGUGACGGACUGCAAUAUUAGCCCCAGCUACCAGCAGCACCACCAUUAUCCUACCAAGAGAAAAUCAAAGGACUCAGCCGACUCUAAAAGAGAGCGGAAAGCAGCCAAAACCUUGGCGAUCAUCACCGGAGCUUUUGUGAUAUGCUGGUUGCCAUUUUUUAUAAUGGCGAUUCUCCUGUCUGCCUACAGCUCGUACGAAUUCAACGAGUACAUGAUCGCGUUCUUUCUGUGGUUGGGUUAUUUUAAUUCCACGCUUAAUCCCAUCAUUUACACGAUAUUUAGUCCCGAGUUCCGUCAUGCUUUCAAGAGAAUUCUCUGUGGAAGGCGCAGUUUGAAGAGGAGAAACAGGCACUUCGGUGUGAGAUAUCUUCAGUAGAUACCAGAACGCAAAUAGAAAUAUUAGAAUUAAAACUCGUUCCGUGUUCCAUUUUUAUGCUCAAUUCUAAUUGUAGUUUUUGUGAAAAUUGAAAGAACUUGUGAUGAGUGACACGAAGGAGGAGACUGCAGAAGUUUUAUCAGGAUUAUUUUUAAAUUUAUUAAUAAUUUGUUUGCGUUAUUAAUGUUAAUAUUUAAAUGAAAAGCGUUGUUUUAUUAAAUAUUUCUGUUUUAACAUAAAUUAAGUUGAGAUUUACUGCAGAGUGUUGGUUUAAAGUAUCAUCAGAUAGCAGGAUUAUGUCACAGAUGGAAGCUACUUUAAAAUGAUUAAGACGAAGACAUGGAAAUUUUUAAUCUCAGGUUAACAUCCUGAACUUGUCGGUCCUUGUAUUAUCAUACCACCGGUUCGAAUCCCUUUCGAUAAAAUUAUGCUUACUUGAUUUUUCAUGCUUUCUGCUUUCAAGGGGAGAGAUCUUAAAUUUUUGCUGUUAGCAAUUUCAAUAUCCGAUUAACAGAAUUAAUUUUGAUUACAUUUCGCACUUCAUAUUUUCCACUAAUUUAUUGAAACUUCUUGCCUUUGUUCAAAAACUGAGGAUUUGCGGACCAACGUGUAAAUGAACUUACAAAAUUGUUUUUGGAUGUAAAACUAAUUACCAAAAUUUUGCACGUCUAACACAGAAUUCUGUAUACGAAGCUCGUGAUAAAAUUUAUAUUUUAUCAGACAAAAGAAAAACAUCACUUAUAAGUGUGCAAAAAUUAAAUUGUGCAUUUUAGAUUAUAAUAAAUUUAUAAUAUGUAAUUUAUGUAUUAACUUAGCACUGUCUCUACUGAUACAUAGAAUUCGUAGCGUCGUGAACACAAAGGUCCAUAGGUCCUUCAAAUAAUGUAGGCAAAGUUACUGGAAAUUCCGGUAAGCGACUCCUUAGUCAUACAGUGAUUAACCGGAAAACUUAUUCAAUACGAAACAAGAGAGAGUAAUGCUCAGUAGGAACUAAACUCAAAUGAUCAAAUGAAUGUGAAAAUCUUUCACGAAACUACUCAGGCAUGAUGGAGGGAUUCAGCGUUUUGUAUUGAUAAUUUGGUCAUUUAACACUUCCUUCUAGUCUGGAUCUGGCUUCUUAUUUAAGAUAGUCGAAAGAAAAGUGCCACUUCAUCUUCUAGCAGCUAAUGUCAUCCACUCGUGACUUUUUAACAAUAUAAUUUAUACGUUGUCAUGGAACUAUAAAGUCAAAAUUAAUGAGAACUGAUAACAAAAUAAAAAAAAACGGAAAUACGCACGGGAAUAUUUUUAAAGUAAAUGCAUUGUUACUAAAUACGGGUAUAAAUCAAAAAGCUGGUUUUGAAAAUAUACGCUUAGUUUAUUUUAAUAGACCUACAGAUAAGCUUUAAAUUUGUUUUAGAAUAAUGCUCUUUUGUUUCGACAACUCUUCAGUGACCUGAUAUACGAGGUGCGAUCGGAAGGUUUCAAGACUGCGCGUAUAAAAACCCGUACACUUAUCUCA